AUAGAGUGUAUUUUAUUGAGUAAUUGAAGUGAAAAUUUAACUUUGCCACAAGUGAAUGUUGGUACUACUGAAAUUGAUGUCAUAUGACAUUUUUGUUUGUUUGAAGUUUUGUGUUGAUUUAUGUUUUAUGUUUUUUUAAUGAAUAUUGAAAAUGGUUCUGUGCUGAUACCAGAUUUGGAACAGUAUGAAGUUCCUCCAUGGAAAAGGCACUAUAUGGUGCAGAAAAGGCGCUGCAAAAUAAAUGCAGUGCCUCAAAGGCCACUGCUGCCUCCAAUAAAGAUUGUAUUGGUUCAGCCCCGUGAGAAGGAAUGCCCAAAGAAGACAGAGAGACGACAGAGCUUGAAGAAGAUCGAGAUCUCCCCUGACUUCUCUACAUUGCUGGCCAGGAACAGAGACCGACCGCUCGUCUCUUCUUUGCCACCUCCACCUCUGCCUGAGCUACCAGUAGUUGAUGAAGAUGCCAUUCUUAGGGAUGCCCUUUCCAGUGAGAGUAGCCUCAACUCAUGUACGUCUUCAGCUUCUUCGGUUAUAUCAGAAGUUGCUGCUCCAUCAUUGAAUGACGAUGAACAGAACUCCCUUACAGAAAUUCCCCUCUCAGGUGGCAUUAACCCUAGGGAUUAUCGACAGAUAACUAGAGAUCCAAAGAAAGAAGAGAAACAGCGAGACGAAAAGGAACGCCUGUUUCGCUUAUUUGACCAGCUUCUGUCAGAGAUAUACACAGCAGAGGAGAUGUCAAGGGUGUCAAGGAGAAGGAGCGAUAAUUUAUUAUAUACAGGACGUUCGGGAAACAAGGUUGAACGAUACCAUUCUCACUGUGGCUUCUUGGAAAGAUAUAGAGUGGAAGAAGAACCUUUGCGGUAUAGCGUGGAGCUUCUGCAAAAAAAAUCUGUUCCCGAAAUCGAGAGAAUCGUCAACCGAUUAAAUUUGCACCUCAAAGAAGCUGGCGACAACUUAGUGAGCGGUCUAGAAGAACGUGACAAGCUCGUUAUCGAAAACCAGGGGCUAUGUGACUUGAUAACUGCCUCUCUCCAGGCCAUAUCUGCCAAAAGGAGCGAAGACACUGAAAUGCGGUUCAGUGUGAGUCCAGGAGGAGGUGACACGGGAUUCUCCGAGUGGGCGAAGGCCAUGAAAAUGGUCGCAAGGCUGCCUGACGGUGUCCCAGCACAUUUCAGAAAAACACUAUGGCUGAGCCUCGCCGACAAACACCUGUCUUCAAAGAACAUAUCCUGGCCCCAGGUGGAAAGAUCGAUAUUUUCCGACCGAUUAAAUCCAGACGAUCAGGAGCUGAGCGUUCAAAUUGUUAAGGACUUGCAUAGGACCGGAUGCAGCUUGUUCUGUGGCACCUCGGGGCAACAUAACCAGGCUGUCCUCAAGCGAGUCCUUCUGGCCUACGCAAGGUGGAACAAGAACGUUGGAUAUUGUCAGGGCCUUAACAUGCUAGCUGCUCUGAUACUUCAAGUUAUGCAAGGAUUCCAAGGCGAGACUGUAAAAGUAAUGAUUUAUCUCAUCGAAGGUGUUCUUCCAGAAUCUUACUUUGCUGAUAACCUGCGGGGACUGUCGGUUGAUAUGGCAGUGUUCAGGGAUUUACUUAGCCUCAAACUUCCAGAAUUGUCAAGACACCUUGACAACCUCCAGCAAGAGUCGAAGGAUUCUGGGACCAGCUACGAGCCGCCGUUGAUGGACGUGUUUACGAUGCAGUGGUUCCUCACCAUCUUCUGCAACUGCCUACCGCAGCAGACCGUCCUCAGGCUCUGGGAUCUCCUCUUCCUCGAAGGUGACUCGGUGCUCAUCAAGGCUGCCCUAGUCAUCUGGCAGUCCUUAGCAGAGAGAAUGCUAAGCGUGCGAAGUGCAGACGAGUUCUACAGCAUAAUGGCGGUCCUCACACGAGAGAUGAUGGAGUUCGGUUUAAUGGAAGCGAACAACCUCAUCAAGAUAUUAUCCCCAACGGAACCUCUUCAACUCGGUAGUUUCUUAGCUUCGAAAAGGAGAGAAUGGAAAGCGCUGAAGAUUAUUUCGUCCCGAUCAAGAAGCAAGGGGGAGUGAAGUCGGUGAUGAUGUUCACGGCUGAUGGGAACAUCUUGAGUACAGACAUGGACCUGGACCAGACGAUGAUGUACGGGUUCCUGGUGACCCAGCUGUGCGACAAAGCGAGGGCCGGCGUCAAGGACCUGGAUCAAGACAACGACCUCCUGAGGCUGAGGAUGAGGAUGAACGAAAGGGAAAUCGUGGCCAUCCCGGAGAGGAACUACAUCUUGGUCACGGUCCAGGAUCCUGCCAAGUCUUCGGCCAACUGAUGGACAAGUUCUUUACGAGUACUUACUGUUGGGAAUAAAUCUCUUGUAUACUGUGCUCCAAUUUGGUUUAUAAUUGUAUAAAAAUUUAAAUAUCUUUGAAAAAACAAUACUUUCUUACUGUAUAAAACAAAACAGGCAG